AUGUCAUCUAGUUGGACACCAGACGAAUCGUCUGAAACGUUUCUCGCAGAGAAAGGCUGGUUGCAGGGUACAGUAGUCAGCGCCGUUGCAUAUGGCAUUAACGUCGCACUGUACUUGAUGUGCUUCCACCUCCUUUUCCGGCAGAUGAACCGCAUGAACUACAAAAAGCAACUGCCUCUCCUCAUAUACAUCACCACAACUUUCAUCUUCAGCACCUUAUUUAUGGCAGCGCUGGCCGAUUUCACACAACUCGCAUUCAUUCAAUAUCGCGAUUAUCCGGGUGGUCCGAACGCAUUUGAGAAUAACAUGUUCGGCAUUCCUGUGGACAAUCUUGGAAACGUCUGUGGUUUUCUAACGAUGAUUCUUUCAGAUGGAUUGGUCGUUUGGCGUUGUAUGGUGAUUUACAGAGGGUGUAUGGUACCAAUGUGGAUUAUCCUGUUAUUCCCUGGUCUGAUGUUCGCCGCAUCCAUCGCUAUGGGUAUAAUGUUCCUGCUUCAAGUAACUGCCAAUUCCCCAUAUUUCUCCUCGACUAACAUCAACUACACCGUUCCAUAUCUCACCCUCUCACUCGCACUGAACAUCAUCAUUACGAUCGCUAUUGUACUUCGUCUGCUCAUAUAUCGUCAUCGCAUUUCCAAAGUUCUUGGCUCUAGCUACGGCACUCAAUACACGUCAAUUGCCGCGAUGAUCAUUGAAUCCGCCGCUCUUUAUUCCGCGUUUUCGGUGGCAUUUCUGACACUCUUCCUUCGAAACAAUCCUAUCUCGGAGACAUUUAUCGAGUCGCUCACUCAGGUUCAGAUAAUUGCAAUGUUACUUAUAGUUUUCCGAGUCGCGCAAGGAAAGAGUUGGUCUCAGGACACCAUGUCCAGGGUCAUGACUUCGAGGCCAUCAGUGCAAGCAAUCCGCAUGGGUGAUCUCGGGUAUGGCUCAAAAACGUUCACCGGUUCCAGUGGCUUUGAGGCGCGACCGUCCUACAAGAGUAACGACCGCGAGUCAGUGGAAGCAGCUGUGUGA